AACCAUCUACUAUUAUUGUUCCAAAAAAACGAAAAGGAACUUUGGCCGAAUGUGAUACCGUACAAGGAAAUACGACGAGUUUGGAUUGUUCCCAGUCCGGUUUGGAUACGGCGAAUUAUUAUAAUGUAUAAACCUUUUAUUUAGAAGUGACUACGUUUAUAUACUUUUAAAACAAAAGGUUUCAGCUGUUUGGACAGCAUAUGCUUUUUAGUGAACAUGACAACAUGGUACGGAAACAAACUACCUGCUCGAUCGCCUGACGAAACAAUUUAAAUUAAAUACAAAACGACAGAUAAGGGAAAACGGCCAGUUUACUACAGUCCGGACAAUAACUUGAGUUCAGCCCACCUUCUGGCAGCUAUGGACUCGGAUUCAGAAGUUGAAAGAAUACUGCAUGGAACAGGUCGUCCCCCGUCAAGUUAUGGAUCAAUGAGGAGCGAUGAGGAAGAAGAAGAGGACUUUGAGAGGGACUCACCUAUCACUUCCAAUGAACCCACCGGGUUGCAACUUAUACGUCAUCACUAUCCAGAGACAGUCCUCACCCAGGGCACACAGCAGACCAAACAACAAGAUGCCUGCAUCAUAUAUACCAGAAAUGAGGAAGUGGUUGAAGAUGAGAACCGGGAGGAGGAGGAAGAGGAGGAGGGGGAAGAGUACGAUAGAAUUAAUUCUCCAGUACCGCCGCCGCCUGUGGAGGAUGGAGAUCAGAUGGACCCUGAGGAGGCCCAGUCAGGGAUUCUCCACUCAGAGCUUGGAAUGCCUCACGUAUUCAAGAACAUCAUGGGGGUUCUGUCUGGACUUUCUGAGGAAGACAUGGGAAACUUAAAGAUACGCCUUAGUCGAGAAGAGAAACUUUUCAAGCUGGAAGAACUGUUUCAAUGGGACCUUCUGAACCUAGUGGACAAGAUGAUUGAAGUGCUUGGUCAUGAGUGUGCCUUAAAACAAUCCAUCAUGGGCUUGGACAGCAUAAAAAAAAUUACUGAAGCCCGGGACCUGGAGAACAAAUGCAAGAGAGUGUUGCUCCGGUUCCAGCUGAAGCAGCACAUCCUGCGGAGGUUCAGAGUAAUCUACGAGGGCGUCCCCCGGCCCGGGAAGCAGCAGCUCCUGGACACUGUCUAUGUCCAGCCCCAGAUCUCCAGACGCCCAGGCAACGGGAUCCAUCUGGCACCCGGCGACGGCGUCGGCAGUAUUUUCCUGGACGUGAAGGAUCUGCUCCGACUGACAAAGGCCAGCGGGGAGCCCGUGAGGACGCUGGUGACCACCGGAGUCGCGGGGAUCGGGAUGUCCGUGGUGGCGGCCAGGUUCUCCAUGGACUGGGCAGAGGAUGCCGCCAACAAGGAUAUACAGUUUGUGAUCCCACUCUCACUCGAGAGUCUCUGGUCUCUCCAGAAGUUCCAACUUCCUCCAACUAAGAUGAUGUCCAUCAUGGAGGUGAUAGAACAUUACUACCAGGGGUUCAGUGACGCAGGCUACCUGGAAGAUCUCAACUGCAGAUUUCUCAUUCUAAUGGACUCCUUCGAUUAUUACCUCGAUACGCUGGACUGGAAGAACACUCCGGUCCUGUCUGACAGCCAUACUCCUGCACAUCUGGAUGUUCUGAUCGUUAAUCUAAUCCGGGGUAAACUGCUGCCCUCUGCCCGCAUCUGGAUCCUUGGCAGACAAGCAGCCGUCUCAACCAUCCCACCUGAACUCAUCGACGUGGUCACAGAUAUUCAUGGCUUUAGUGACGAGAUGAAGGACGACUACCUGAGCAAACGCUUCCAGGACAAGGAGCUGUCGGACAGCAUUGUGUCCCAUUACAAGCGCUCGCCGGCCCUCAUCGCGCUGUGUCAGCAGCCCUUCGUCUGCUGGUUGGCCGCCACGGCCUUCGAGCGCUGCUUCCGCUACCAGGGCUACGGGAUUCAACCCCCCAGGCUCACGCCCUUCUACAUCCACGUGAUGGUCAUCCAGACCAACCGCAAGCUCCAGCGCUACCGCGGCCAGUCGGAGAACCACCUGAAAUGGUCCCAGGACGACAUCCACACACUGCUAAACCUGGGGAAGCUUGCCCUGGCUAUGGUGGAGAAGCAGGUGUGGGUCUUCUCCCAACAGGACAUCAAGGAGCAUAAACUGGACAUGAAGGAGAUAACUGUCUUCUCCGGCCUCUGCAUUGAGCUUCACUCGCUGGACACCACUAAGAGAAAGCAGUUCAGCUUUUUACACCGAACCUUCCAGGAGUUCAUGGCUGCCGUGUACGUGUUCGCCGUGUUCCACCUGGAGGGCCGGGUCCCCCUGCCAGAGGCCGGGUCCUGGCCCCGCGCCAAGCUGCCCAGAAUAGCGGAGUCCCCCCGGUCAGCCGCGGACCUGCUGCGGGGGGCGGUCCGGGCGACCAUGGGCUCGCCACACCUGGACAUGGUGCUCCGCUUCCUGUGCGGCAUAAUGUCCCGCGGCAGCCACAACCACAUGCUGAGAGUGCGGCUCUUCCAGGCACCACAACCCGCGCUGAGCAAGCCGGAGAAGGCGCAGCAACUGCUGGAGCGGGAGGUGGAGAGUGCGCCGGCGGACAGGCGGGCCAACCUGCAGGAGUGCCUCAGGGAAAUGGUGCAGGAGGACGAGUGAGGUGGAUCACGGACGACGUGUUUGCCUGGUACCCAGUCUGAGGAAUGUUUUGUAGAUGACUUUUUUUUGUUGCUGAUGAGACACUUUUAUCCAAAGACACCACCUGUGAAUACAGAUACAUGUCAUUGAGCAGGUAGAGGUUGCACAGAGGUAGGCUGCCCGUUACUGGGGAUGGAAACUAAUCCGUUUGGCUGGGAGUCUAACACUUUAACCCCUAUACUGUCCUUUAAUACACGUGCUCUUUAUGUUGUUUUGUUUGGCUAAUAUUUUGGAUCAAAGAAAAUGGCUAACUGCUUCUCAAGAAUGUUUGUAAUACAUAGGGACUCUGCACUACUGUCCUCCUGAACGCCUCAGCCCUCCCUAAGCCCAAAGCGUGAAGAGCCUGUACACUUGUGAUUUGUUUGUCUCAUAUUGAUAGCACAACAAACAAGAUAAAGUUAUUGAUAAUAGCUACUGCUAAUAGCAAGUGUGUAUAUAGGGCUGUAUUAGCAUGGUCCUACCAGAAUCUCCGGCCAGAGAGUCCGGCCGGAGAAAUCCCACGAAUAUACCGCAAACCCAGUACGUAUGGGGGCAGAGCCAGCCUAGGGAUGUAUGGUAUUUGCAUGGGAGUUCUAGUACAAGUAUAAAAUAAAAAUAUAAUGUUGUUUUUCAUCAUC